CGCUAAAGCGGCGCGCCUCGUUGGGCAUGGAGUCCGCAGGUGAAGAUUGGAUCAAGAGAGAAGGCAAUGAAGGAUCUCUCCAGCCCAGGGUUGCCCUGCUGGUUGGUGUGGAACAGCCAACAAAAAAAUUAUCUGAGGAACGUGACGAUUUCCUGGAGUCUGAACCACUGAAAACUCUGAAGAGGGAUUUGGACAUGCAUCAGAAUCCUUUUACGGAGGAGAUUUGUUUUGAUUACGAGAACAGUCCUAGGAAGAUCUACCCCAACGACCGGCCAUUUAAGUGCGACGUGUGCGAGAAAAGCUUCCGCCACAGUUCCAGCCUGUUAACACAUCGAAGGCUGCAUACUGGGGAGAAACCAUAUAAAUGCACUGACUGCGGGAAGAGCUUCAACACCAGCUCAGCGCUGAUUGUGCACCGCCGGACCCACACUGGAGAGAAGUCCUAUGUUUGCUCGGACUGUGGGAGGUGUUUCAGUGAAGGCUCGGUGCUCAUCAAGCACUGGCGGAUCCACACCGGGGAGAAGCCGUACAAAUGCGCCAUUUGUGGAAGGGGCUUCCGGCAGAGCUCCCAGCUGCGGGCCCACGAGCGGACCCACACGGGGGAAAAACCUUACGAGUGCCCGGACUGUGGGAAGUGCUUCAGCACCAGCUCUAAUCUCUCCGCCCACCAGCGGACCCACACAGGGGAAAAACCAUACAUCUGCCCUGAGUGCGAUCGACGGUUUGGUCACAAGUCGCAUCUCAUCUCCCACCAGAAGACGCACACCGAGAAGCUGCACGCUUGCUCGGACUGCCCAGCAACUUUCCGCAUGCUUCAUCAGCUCCUGGUCCAUCGCAAGUCCCACCAGGAAGAGAGUCGCUACAAAUGCCUUCUGUGUGGAAAGACUUUCAGCUACAGCUCAGCCCUCUUGGCACACCAGAGAAUGCACACUGGGGACCGGCCGUUCAACUGUCUGGAGUGCGGGAGGAGUUUUGUCCGGAAUUCAGACUUGAACAAACACCAGAGGAUCCACACAGGGGAGAAGAGAGUAAAAUCUCAUCCCAUCCAGUGGGAUUUCAUUUAUUACUCGCAGAUAAUAAACUUGUAA